GCGGGUGGACGGCCUGGCACGGCAUCGUAUGCUGGAUUGUUCACGGGCUGCGGGCUUGUGUCCUGUACAGCUUCACUGUGCGCGUCAUCUCGUUCACCCGUCUCGUGCGUCGCUUCUGAAGAAUAACAAAGCUCCUCCCCCUCUUCCUGAAACAGCACAGACUUUACUACCAAUCGGCUUCAGUUUAGCAUUAAAGCGUGCCCUAAAGUAUAAGUAAUCAAAACGUUGAUUAGCAUAACUUGACUAAUUAUCAAAAUUAUCGGCGCAAUUUUUCUGGCUCCUAAUGUACACCUAGUGACAUAGCCUAUCUUCAGAAAUGGGAGAAGCCUGUCUAGAUGUGGCGGCUUCUUAAAAAAGGGUGUUGCGCAUGAAAAAAAUGCAGCUGGUCUUUGUUUGGCGUUCAAAAAGAGUCGGUCAAAUCCUCCCGUCAAGAUACAUCGAACAGAUUCUACACCGAGACAGAAAAUACUUAGAAGGAGCAACUCACGGGAUCCAAACUCAACUUCACAGCACGUCCUCACGGAGUUGGCAUUUCUAGCCACGGAGAAAAGAGUUACCACACUCCCCAGGCUGUUGAACUGUGACAAAAGAUUGCCAGAAAGUGCCAAGCAUUUUUGCUACAACCUUUCACCUAUUAGCCUUUGCUGUAAGCUUGCAACGUGUCUGUGUAUCAGUUGCAUUUUCUCAAUGCGCAGGUUGGUGAAAAUAACGAUAUUCAAAGUGCGUAAAGAGGUCUGUCAGCGUGAAUAUUCCAAGCUCUAUCCCGCAGUGCCGAGUGUAGUUGGUUGAAACUUCGGUCAGGCCGUUUGAACUGUGUCUCGUGAAGCGCUUUGAAUUAUUUGACAGGGUUGCCUGAAUGAAGUGAAGCUGUCGUAUAAUCUGUGAGCCCUGUUUUGAAUUCCUUGGGGCAAUCGCUAACGCCUCGGAAUUUCUUUUAAUUGAAGCUGCAACCUACCCUGAAUCAAGUUUAUGCGUCGUGUCGCAGCUGCCAUGCCGUGCAAGAGUACUUCCAGCGGGUCAUUGUCGUCGAUAUAGACUCGCAAUACGAUCCGCAACGCAAUGCCCGGCCGCAGCAAUGUGUGUGCGGGUGUCUAAAUUGCGCUAAUCGGUUUAUCAGAGUUUUGCGUUAUUAAGCUACACGAGAGUUUUGGUGACUUGGACAUUUCUUAUCAGUGUAACAACCACUUAGCCUCCAAGAUCGUUGGCGCGGCACGCCACCAAUGUCGGAUGGAAUUUUCGGCCCUUGUUUAACGGAGACAGUGGGCUACUUUCGCGAAAUUUGGGUAUAGUUUCAGCGCACAACACCAUGUGGUUAAGCCACAGCUCCAGAACAGUGAUAAUAGGAGAAAUAUCCCCGACAGACCUAACCUCCUCAGAGCUGGAAUAUGCUGCUAUACGGUUAUAGGGCAUUUGUUAGUGAGCAUCGUGUAUGGUAUGGUAUGGUAUGGUAUGGUAUGGCAAACUUUAAUGAAGUCCUGCAGACCGUGAGUCUUCACGAAGCGGGCCGCUCCCACGUGGGAACCGGAAGGCCAAGCCUCUCGGCCGCAUCUUGGGCCUACUUGGACAGCCCAGAGUUGGUCAGCCAGAAGAGGGCAGCGGAGGACCGCCUCCCAUCUGGCCGAGCUGUUUGAGCAUCGUGUGGUAUUUAUUUAUUUAUUUAUUUAUUUAUUUAUUUAUUUAUUUAUUUAUUUAUCGAAGACAUAUAUAACGAAGGCGGCUAAAGCCCAUUAUUCUCUAUAUCCAAAACGCUAAACUUACGGACUUAUAGUCAUGCAGUUCUCGAGCUCUCAUAACGAAGGAGGGCAUUGCAUAUAUAGAAAUCGUGGCGCGCGCGGCCAGCGUCAUAAAGCCGCUUGCGUGCCACGAACGCAUAGCUUAGAGAUGAGUAGUCUUUAUUGUUUUGCUUGUUGCCUUUCUUUAGCACUCUGUGCGCCCGUACUAUGCCGAAUUCGAGCCAAGUGGACUGGAGCGGCUCUACAGAACCUCGCGCGUCAAGAACUACGUUCUUAUGUCCGUGUCACACGGUCACCGAGAACUCGCUCUUACUAAUCGAGCGAUAGGCUUCCUAAAGAAGUUUGACCUUAAGGAAAUCGUGGUAGUACACGACUAUACUAACGGGUUAUAUAUCGUCAGGGGUACAUUAGGCGCUGUUCGAUUCACGUGCGCAAAUUUUUCAGCCCUAAUUAGUCGUAAUGCUAAUUUACCGAAACUUGUUUGAAUGAAAACAUUCUAUAACGGUAUCGUGCGAGAAAGUGCACACGUAUGUCAACUACUGGAAUUAGCAGCGAUUAUGCGUGUUCGCAGAUUCUUAUUACCUUCUCAAUAUCAAAUAAGUAUAGAUUGCCUUGAAAUUUAGGGCAGUCAAGGCAGAUAAUGCGUAAUAAAAGAAGCCACAAAAACCUUUGAUGCCACAAGUUCGGAGGUAAGAAAAAUCCAUAUUCAUCAUUCGCAUGGUUGCUGAAUGAUCGCAUCACCGCAGUUCCCUCUAUUAAUUAUUGCAGGAAACUGUAUGACCGAAACAUAUUGGCGUGUUCGUACGCCUGCAUCAAGAAGCAUUGACUGCAGGAGCUCCAACUUUUGUGGAGUCUUACGAGAUUCUCGAUUUUAUCAGAGCAACAACAGGAACUAAAGUAGUUUUUGUUGUUCAAAUGACUACAACCAUUUAAAGCAGAUUUUUCUAAACAUCUAUUCCAGCAAUUACUUUACAACAACAACUGAACAUCCAUAACUCUUUGAAUAUAUAGCAAAUAAAGCAUGUGUGUAAAUAAUUCUCUGCAAUUAACUGUACUUGGAAUAUUUGUAGUCACAGCUCUUUGAAGAAUAGUUCUGCAGCCCAAGAUAAGGAGGUAAGAACGGUCGCUGACUGCGAAACCCGUAGCUCUUACUAUAGCCUCGUUCAUCUGCCGUUGGCCUGCCUUCGAAAGGAAUCCGUCUCUCCGUGCCUGGUGACCCCGACGCCUUCAGAACGCCGGAUGAACGCCUCCUUAUCGUCUCGGCGUCUCCUUGCGACUUCCUCUCACAAUCGCACUCUCCCUUUCGUUCGAGCACCUGUUUGGAGACGACGCGUACGCUACAGCCGGACGACAGCCGGGCAAUAUCGAUUCAAGCGUCGGCAGUCCCCAGUACGAGGACACCAGUGGACCACCGCGAUGUUGUCCGCGACCAUGGCUUCGGCUGCGUCUGCGAUUGUCCUUCUUUUGGCUUUGUGGGGUGGCACGGACGCGAGGUUUAACGUGUUCUUAUUCCCCAGGCGCAGCCCACAAAUGUGCCUUCCGGAUCCACUGUCGCCCCGGCUUGGAGACCGGGCGUCCUGCCCGUUCAGGCGGAGUGUGAACGUGCAGGCAGGCCGGAUUCCGGCCGACGUGCCGACGGUGCGAUGCAACUGUCCCGGCAGUCGAUGCACUCAGCUCGGCGAUUUUCGCUGCCAAGAGAUACGGGAGAUUCUCCAGGUGGCUUACGCUGAGGGCGCCGGCCAAGUGUUGUUCAGGAACGAGACGUUUACUGUGGCUUGCGCUUGCGUCACCAGCAGGACGGGUCGAGGAGCGUCGGACCGCCUUACACGAGUCGCCGACGAGGUGGUCUACGGCGGCAAGGUUCGGGGCCUGUGGCAAAAGUACGCUGUGAGACCGUACAGCAAGCUGCGAGGUCUCCUGGACACCCAGACGGCGGUUACGCAGGUGGCUGCUGUUCCCCAGUAGCAAUCAGGACGUUCGUUCGGACCUCGGACGGGGUUGUACCCCUCCACAGUUGUUUGUUGUGACCCCCCCUCCCUCCCGCCUCUUUGUUCUGUGGAACGGUUAGACGCGUGAAUAUUUAUCAAACUUAUCGUCUUUCAGCCUAUGACUUGUUUAGUUUGUGACCCGCCUCGCAGUUUGGUUCAGUGGCGAUGACGUACUGCUGCCGAGUACAAGCCCGCCGGUUCUAUUUCCGAGUACAUUUAGUAGAGGCGAAAUGAAAACGAAACAAGAAAAAAAGGGGUAAAAUACACACACGUCUGUGUGCCGUGCUCUGCGUGCCCUUUAAUAGAAGCCUAGACAUACGAAAUACUCCGGAGCGCUCCACUACGACGUCUCCCGUGGGCGUUAAGCCACACAGUUUAAUUUGAGCGGUAUGUUUUGCCAGUAGUUCAAGUAAUUAUUAAAAACAGUGCAUUAGUGGUAAAGGAAGAUUCCUAUUUCCUUAUUACUUUUUUUUGUCAAUCACACAUUAUCGAUGCCGCCAGACGUCAGAGGAUUACGCACUAAUCAUUGUUUAUCUGAGUACUGAUACAGAAAUCGGUUACUAACGUUCUAAUGAUUCGUUCAGGGAACACACUACAAUAACCAAAUUGAAACCAACAAUCUGCUCAAGACGCAUCCACCGAGUAGAGGUCCAGAUACUCCAACAAAUUUUGAUAAACCCGUUUUCAAAAUUGUGCAUAAGUGCAUCCGUGUUCCUCUUAUUUUCUCGGAAAGACUUCCUUACUCGCUGGCAGUCAAAGCUAUGGUUGGAACACUGGUGAAUUGCGUAACAGGAUUUAGAGUCAAGCAUCUCGAAAAGUGCUAGCAUGUUCAGCAUUCAUCCUAAGAUGAAUUCUCAAUGUGCCAUAACAAUCCGGCUUCAAUUUCGCCGUCGUACCUCUUCUUUGGACGAUAAACUCAGGUCACAAAAGGUAGAACCCCGCUUGGAGAUCGGUACAGUCACCAGAGCCUUGGCUGUGUACAGAAUGCGCGGGGAAUUCGGGAGGCAGCGGCUGCUCAGAUUGUCACCCGAAACCUGAAGUAAAUGUGGCCCAGGUUGACCCGAUUCGCUCUGAAGAGAAGCUCAAGGCAGAGCCUACUGAAAAGUCCAUAUGCCCCGCAUUGGAGACAGAAGAAAGGCUAAUUUUUUUUUGUUCGAACAUGUCCUGUGGGGCUGCGCCUCUGCCAGUCCCCCUUUCACCCAAAAGGAAAUGAUGAAGCUAAUUAGGGCCUAGGAUCAGACCUUUC